AUGGCUUUCCAGAGCAGUGUUCUUAGAGAUGGCGAGUGGGUGACGCAGACAGUCAACUUCCAAGAUGCCUUGAAGGCCUCUUCUGCAGCGCCCAAAGCCGCCCUAGAUCCCAAUCCCGAAGCACCUACUUGCGGAAUUCUUACCAGAACUAUUGUAGAGAGCCCCGUGAUCCACUGGAUCCUCCCAGUCUGGCUACGUUCACGGUCUCAUAACGACAUAGCAUUCGUUGGUGAUCGGUUUGUUCAAAUAAGCGAACUCCGUGACGAUGGUCAAGUUCACGAGGUCAUUCGAAAAGCUGAUUUUGGCACACGAAUCCGAAAUGCGGUCGUACUUGGAGCACCGCCCGAUGAUGGCCCUCGUGUCACAUCUUCUGGACCUGUCAAACUCGAAGAUUCUGAUGUUCCUAUGCAAGACGAUGUAAAGGCAUAUGGACCCAAUCGUCACCGUAUACUACCACCACAACUCUUAGUACUAAUGCUUGAGACCGGCGAUGCUGUAUUCCUCUUUGUUAAAGAACGCCCGGACGGAUCGCUUGGCUUCGUGACCACCACAUACGAAAGUCCUAGAAACCUCCAAUUCUUGGGCUAUCAUCUUUCAAUCGAUCCUUCAUCACGAUACAUGGCAGCUGGAUCAGCUGAAGGAGCCUUUAUAAUUUACGAGCUCGAAUCACUAAUCAAUAUGGAUUCCCAAUUUCACCGCCAUGGAUCUUUCCAACCCGUCAAGACCACCCGAGUUCGAACAACACAAGGAGUUAUUCACAAGAUGGAAUUUCUGUACCCGAGGCCGGAGGACGAUUACCAUGUCAUCUUGCUUCUGAUCCUUAUUCGACGUGAGGCAAGUAAGCAGGCUCAUGUCUCCCGUAUGGUCGUUUACGACUGGGAACUCGGCGACGAACUUGGUACUGUGUUCCGGUCUGAAAAAGGGGGAACGCCAUUGCCCAAAGAGCACCGGAUGCCCCUCAUGAUCAUCCCUCUUAAAGUCAACACUGCUUUCUUUGCGGUUUCAGAGCAUUCCAUUGGAAUUGUCAAGAACGCAUUCACUGGACAGACCACAUUCGAUACUUGCGAAACUCAUUCUCCUGGACAGACUUGGUUGCACCAUGGGGCUGCUGAGCCGCUUUGGACCGCGUGGGCAAGGCCCUUUAGACUCAUGAGCUAUUUGGCAAGAACGGACAAUAUCUAUUUAGCUCGUGAGGAUGGCGUUAUUGUAACUAUUGAGAUCGAUUCGAAAGAUCUCGUUCUUUCGGCGACUAACCUUGGUACCAUUGGUACUAAUAUCACGACAGCUUUUACCACCGCUUAUGAUGUCUUUUCAGACGUCCUUGUUAUUGGUGGUGACUCGAGUCCAGGGGGAAUUUGGAAGCUUUCAGCCCGGAGAGACCCUCAACAAGUCAGUACUAUACCCAACUGGUCGCCCGUGGUAGACAUGACCACCACAGAUUCUAAUCCUUCUUGGACGAGCGACAACACAAGCAAAGAUAUUUCAACAAGGCGCAAGGCUCCCAUGCAUCUGAGACAAAAGCCGGAUCGUAUCUUCUGUACAUCUGGUCGCGGACCUAGAUCAAGUUUGACGGAGCUGAGGUGGGGGAUCCAGGCAAGAAUCGGCCUAGAAUUUGAUUACGACCAACCCGUUCGCCAGUCAUGGAUGUUCCCAGUCGAGAUUCAAGGCGAGAGGGGCUUUUAUGCUGUCUUAUCAUUGCCACACUCUUCCGACAUCCUUCACUUCCCUGCUGAUCUUAGCAAUGCCAACGCAUUGUCUACAGAUACUUGUCCGUUCGAUACCUCCUCGCGAACAAUUUCAGCGAUACAGGGCGAACAUGGCAAGAUCAUUCAAGUGACUGAGACUUCUACGAGUCUUGUUGCACCCCUACAGAGUUCACGACACAACCACGAUGUGGUUUGUGGAAUGCCUUCAUUCGUGGCCGAACAUGCGUGCUGCUCCAUCGAGGAGGGGAUACCACGCUUGAAUAUAUACUCCCUCGACGGUCUUGAACUCAGCAACCAUGCCACCCAGUUAGACCCAGAUACUGCUGGACAGGAAGCCCCUUUCCAAAUAGAAGCAUACACAAGUGUGCAUGCAAUCACUGACACCCCCGACAAGACAAUUUUAGUACUUGGUACAAGAAGCGGACACAUUGUAACGAUACAACUCUCGGGAGAAGGGAUGAACCAAGUCUCCCUCGGAGUUGAGCAACUGAGUCUGUCGCCUACAAGCGUGUUCGCAGCGUCUGGCCAGUUCGAUAAUAGUCACGCCCUUUUCGCCUGCUUCGACAAUACUCUAUCAAUCAUCAAAGACUUUUCACCAAGGACCAGCAAGUUUCAAACCAAAAACCGCAUCUGGGCGACCGACUUCAACGAUCCAUCGAUGCCCUCACCGCCAAUUUAUUCAGCUUUCUGCCUCGAAAAGAGUCUGUCUGGUUACCAACGCCACAUGUCCUUGAUGCUACUAGCUGGAACACGAAUUCUUCUUGUGGAUAUAUGGCCGCACAUUGGCCCCGUUCCUCGUAGUAUCCCCAUAGAAGGAACUCCGAUGCGCGUUAUCUACUCUCAAACUUGGAAAGCUUUAGUUGUAGCGCACUUGAAGGAUGAUCGCCCUACGCUUUCUUUCAUCGACCCCGAAUCUGGAGCUAACAUUUCAGCUGCUGCGAACAAGGACCGAGAGCCCUCUGAGUAUAUCUCCGGACUAGGGCACCAGGGCGAUAGAAUAUUUGGCUUAUAUGAGUGGUCUUAUGUCAAAGAUGGACAGAAAUUCCCUUUCAUCAUUGUUACCACUCAAAAAGGUCGUUUAAUGAUCGUAUCUGUUGCCAAGACGUCAGUUGAUACUGAAGAUGGGCCGACGAAACAACUACAGUAUUGGACACGAUACAAAAAGAAAGGCUUUACAGAUCCGAUUUACUCAGUCGUUGGGGAUGCUAUUGGUCUUUUGUUUUGUGUCGGCACGGUUCUUCACUGGGAAGUUCUCGAUCUGGCAGAAAAGAAGCUUAAGCCGAUGAAGCAAUUUAGGUUGGAUUCUCCAGCUACGGCACUGCGCGUGGAAGAUGGAAAGGUUUGUGCUUUGACAGCACAGCACUCCCUCCAGAUCAUCGACCUCCAUGUGGAAUCAGAGCAGACCGAAGCUUCUAUGAUACACACUGAUCAGAUAACACGAUAUACGGGGCAUGUCGUAGAGAUGGGAGAUUCCGAAGAACAACCAGGCAAAUGGCCAGUGAGUGUCGUUUCUACCUCACAGGGCGGGUUUACUGGAGUUUGGAUACCGUGGGGCCAGCGCAACAAGGAAUUCGAGGUUGUCUUUGAAGGAGUCCUGCCCACAUCGGUGAGGAGAUUCCGCAGAGGACACACACGGCCCUUUUGGCUGGCUGUUGAUCGCCAGCGACAGUACAAUACGUUGUUCAACACGGCCGAUCAGGCCGAAGUUUUAGGAGUUUCUCUUGAUGGCUCGCUUCAACAGUUCUCUUUGAUAGGCAUUGACCUCUGGCGUUUCCUCCGACUAAUCCAGAACCUGGCAUACCACGACAUCAAUGUGUGUCCAUUUACGCGCAGCAACCAAAGGCCCAGGGACAGAGACCACGAGGUGGAUUUGGACUCGGAGCUAGAGCCUCACCCGUCUCCAAACACGAUGCACAUUGAUGGAGAUUUACUGAAGCGUUGCCUCGAUUUGCGCGCACUGAUAAGUCUAGCGUCUAUUGGAGAUGCUAUCGACUUGUUUUGCGAGUAUUUGGACAAAAUCGACGAAGGUGUUCAUACCAAGGGUUUCCGUGAGAGUGGAAUCCAAGGGCAAGAUAAGUAUAUUGAGCUGGGCUACGAGAUUCUUGAAAGUGUCCUAGCUCUAGCGAUCUGA